AAGGUUAGUUGCUGGAGUGUGAGUGGUACAGAUACAGAGGCUGCGGCUAAUGUUUUGGUUUUAAACAGGAAUUACGAAUAAGAAGAGAGAGAGAUGGCAGAGACGUGGAGGGAAGGGAAACCAAUCCAAACUAAACUAAACCAUCUUCAAUAUUUAAUCUUGAAUCUUCUUCUUGUUCAAUACUGAUUAAGAUUAUCUUCAUUUUUAUGUGAAUGUGUGGGUCAACCCCAAGUUCAACUUAGACCAUUCAACGCCGUGGUAGUUGUUCUCAUUUUCAAGUCCAUUGUGGAGGUUCUUCUCUCCAGCCUCAUUUCUUCGCACUCUCGUUUCCAUGAUUCUAUUUUAACUCCCACCCUUCUCACUCUCGUUCACCGUUCCAAAUCCUUUCAAAGUUCUUUUCUUCUGUGCUUUGAGAAGAGAGAAGAGAGAGCAUUAUGGGUGAGCAAACUGACACUCUGGGUGAAUCCCCCGCCGUUGAGUUAAUCGGAAAGGUAAUGAUAAUCGUUAUAAUAAUCUUCUUCUUCCUUGUUGUGAUUGCUCUCGGCGUUCACCUCUUCACAAGAAACUUCUGGUGGCGCGAGCCUGCUCCGCAAUCACGGCGCCGCCGCCGCUUUGUGUUUUCCUCCGGUCAAGAGGGUGGUCUUCGAAGGGGACUGGAUCCCUCCGUUCUGAGCUCCAUUCCCGUGUUGGUAUUCCAAGCCCAAGACUUCAAGGAGGGUUUGGAAUGUUCGGUUUGCCUCUCGGAGGUGGUGGAAGGAGAAAAGGCCAGGCUUUUGCCCAAAUGCAAUCAUGGGUUUCACGUUGGUUGUAUUGACAUGUGGUUCCAAUCCCAUUCUACGUGCCCUCUUUGCAGGAACUCUGUUUCUGCUCAAUCAGAUGAAAAUAACAGUGCACAGAACUCAGAAGCAGAGUCUCCAACUUUUCCCACCAACGUCUUGGUUUGGGGGGAUCACAACCAAAUAACUUCUACUGGUGCUGCUUCUUUGGAGGAAAGUGCUUCUCAGCCACCUUGUCCCUCCUCGUCCUCUUCCGCUGCUACCUGCGAUGAUGAUGAUAGUAACAACAGCAAUAGACGUCACGGAACAUUGGUUAUUGACAUACCAAGUGAUAUCACUUCAUCUUCUUUGUCGCCUUCUGCAAACAGGUUUGCUGAAGAUGACUUGAAAUCGCCAAUGACGGGAAGACUGAGAUCAUUGAAGAGGCUUUUGAGCAGAGACAGAAGGUUAAAUCCUUGGAGUCCUACUUCUGUAGAUGUAGAACAACAAGCAGCUAAUUCAGGGGGAGGAGGACACAGCUGAGUUAGGAAUUACUUGAGUUCUAUUCAUUAUUUUUUUAUUUUUCUUUAAUGUGCAUAUUCAGCUUCGAGGUAGGAAGUUGUGAGUGGAAUUUUCUGUUCUUGUUCUUGAGAGAGAGGUCAGAGCUCUCGUAGAUAUGGUAGCUGUUAUCAAUACGUGUGCAUAUAAUGGCUGAGGAGAGUAACUGUUUGAAGUGUCUUUGUUGUAUAUAGUAUAGGUUUCGAAUUCUAGCAAUACAAUACAAUAGAAUCACCCUCUUCCUUUUAUUGGAGAUGAUUUUCUUCAAUAUGAUGUGAAGUGGAAGGGAUACAACAUGGGAUCGAUUUAUCUCACCAAUACUUGCAAGCACGAAUUUGAAAUAUAGUAAUUGCAUUGGAAAUCUUCAGUAAUUCAUAGCUUUUGUUCUGCUGAAUCUUGCUGAUAAUAAACAAAGUCCACACUGUAACUGGAUUAGCAACAAGA